CGGGCGUCGGAGAAGAUGGUUGUUCUCGUGGUAGCGACGGCGUCGGACCCGGCGUCCAUCGGCCCCGCCGCGGCGUUCCUGGCCAUGCCCGGGUGGUCCCCCGGCCCGCCCAUCCCCGAGGGAAUGGAGAGCUUUACGAAUGGGAAUGUUAGGUUACUGAAGCAUGAACGCAGCAUUAUUGCAGAGGAUGAUCUUGACCGUAGGUGGCAGGAAGCCACUGGAGAGGUUGUUUCCGAGGUCAUAUUCCUCAGCAAACACACUGCAGUCUCCAACCGCCCUGCCCUCACUGUCCAUCCAAUCGGUGUGCCACAUCUGAGGGAGGAUGAGACUCCGCCUCAAGGAGGGAGGCCGGGAUGGGCAGCAUUGACAAACCCUCGAAUUGGCCCGUGGCUCCGGUUGUUGCAAAAAGUUGCUGCAGACCAAGGUCUUGUUCCAGAGUUUGAGAUUACACUUGAAGCUACUCACCAUGGACCACUUACGAGUACACCCACGAUGUUUGUUGAGAUAGGAAGUACAGAAGAAUACUGGGGUAGACAAGAUGCUGCGCAGGCCAUUGCUCUGGUUUUAUGGAAAGGUCUUGGUCUGGAGGAUGGAAAUGCUGUUGGAACUUGGCUGGGGAAUGGUGAAAAGGUUCUACUAGGUAUCGGUGGUGGUCACUAUGCCCCUCGUCAUAUGGAUAUUGUCGUCAAAGAUGGUGUAUGGGUGGGUCAUCUCCUGUCUGGUUACUCUUUGCCAAUGGAGGUGCCACCCCAGGGAAGUGCAAAGAGUUCUGGUGAUGUUGGUGGGAUGUGGAAGCAUUCCAUCAAAGUCUCAUAUGAAGCCACGAAGGCAGGAUUUCCUGGUGGUGAAGUAAUAGCACAUCUUGAUCAGAAGAGCUUCAAGGGCUGGCAAAAGAAUGCUAUCACAAGCUAUUUGCAGGAGCAAAAUAUUAAAAUAGGAAAACCUAAUGAUUUCCUCUAAUAUGCUGCAGCAGUUCUCUAGACAAAAUAUCAUUGGGCAUCAUGAUAUGGUCUCGCAUUUGCUAGCAUUGAAAUCACUUCAGUUCUAGGAUCUGGCACAUACAAACUGAGUAAAUAUAGAGCACUGUAUUUUAACAAUCCUAUUUCAGAUGUGGUCCAAGUGCAAGAGCCACGAUUUUGAUGAA